GUGGUUUCUGAGAGGGCCGAGUUCAGCUCCGAGUUCCGAGCCCAUGCCCCCGCCGAAAGCGCCCAAAGCGCCGAAGCCGCCGAAGCCUUCGAAGCCGCUGGGGUUGAAGGUCCGAGUCGGAGGCCCAGUGCAUCGCCGGGCGCAAGACACGCCCGAAGUGGGAGAUGCGGUGACCUACGCGGGCUUCCGUGAGACGCCGGUGGCCGACAUUCUGGGCACCGUGUUUUGUGCCGACGGGGGCGGCCUUGCCGCGCUGGCUCCGGAGGAUGUCUUUGUAGAUCUGGGCUGCGGCCACGGGGAGGUGCUGCUGGCCGCGAAUGCCGCCUGCCCCAGGUGCUGCGUGGUCGGGGUGGAGAUGGAUUCCACGGCGUGCCAUCGAGCCCAGGCAGCGGUGGCCGGCAGAGAUAUCCAGGUGCUGCAGGCGGAUGCGGACGAAUGCUUUGCUACACCUCUGGAGGAGAUGACCUCUGUGAGCGGAUUGGAUCCAAAGAGACCCUUGCUGGCACAGGCCACUGUGGUCUACCUCUUCCUCGGGGAGUGGGCCAAUCUUCGGCUGCGGCCCCGGCUCCUCAGCGCCCUGCCGCUUGGCGCCCGCGUCAUCAGCAGGAGCUUCUCCAUGGGGCAGUGGCCCGCAGACGCAGAGAUCCACAGCAAGGAGGUGACUUACCGGCUCUACAAAGUGACAGAGGCGGCCAAGCAGAUGGAGAGUCUGGCAUCAAGCCAGGAAUUGGAGGAUCGAUUUGGUUUACACUGGUUGCAGCCUCCGCCGGGCAAUUACCGGCCAGCCAAAGCAGAGCUGGAGACGGAGACUUUCUCGCCCGGGCGACGCCGGCAGCCCUUCGGGCCAAAUGCUAUGGCGCGCUGGUUCCUGCUGCUGGCGGCGCUCUUCCUGCACGGCUGUGAUGAGGCCCAAAGCUACGAGCAGCUGCAAGCGCUGCAGCGGCUGCGAAGGUGCGACGCGCAGGCAGAGGUGGCGCCGGCGCCUCGCUGGGCGGACAACACGGUGCGUGCAAAGUCCACGGAGCCGGCGAUGAAGUCCAAGCUGCAGGUGCUGGAGAAUGCGAGUGAAGAGCACCAGCACGGCAGGCUUGGCGCAAGCCGUGACGGGAGCCCGCGGCUCUCUGUCACCCCUUUGCCAGCGCGGGGUCUCUCGGAGAAGGAGACGGUGGAGUCCCACAGGGGCUUCUCCUUCAGUAGCCGUGCCAGUGAGGCCACCGACAUCGACCGGACCCAGGAAGAUGUCCGAUCCGACUUCUGCAAAGCGCGGCACGAGACCUACCCCUGCACCUUGCCGCGGGCUAGCAUCAUCAUGGUUUUUCACAACGAGCACAUGCCUACAUUGCUUCGGUCUGUGCACUCGGUGCUGAACCUCUCGCCUGCGGCGCUGCUGGAAGAGGUGCUGCUCUUAGACGAUGCCAGCCGGCCGGAGCCAGAGAAGUUCUCUCAAAGGCAAUGGCAGCGGCUCCAGGGUGAGCUGGAGGCACACCUGCAGGAGCUUCCCAAGGUUGCCCUGGUGCGGCUUAAGGCCCGCCGCGGCCUCAUGAAGGCGAGGAUGGAAGGUAUAUGGCGUGCCCGUGGAGAGAUCAUCGUUUGCUUGGACAGUCACGUGGAGGCGACUCCUGGAUGGUUGGAGCCCUUGCUCUGGCGCGUCGCCGAGGACCGCACUCGACUGGUUGUGCCCAGCAUCGAUGGCAUCGACACGGAGGACUUCAGCUACGCCGUCUUCGGCCUGGGCCUGGUGAGCUUCAACUGGCUGCUGAACCAAAAGCCCCGGGAGCGCCCAGAGGGCGAGGACUCCAUGGCCCCCUCCUCCGUGAUGUGCGGCGGACUCUUUGCAGCGGACCGCAGUUGGUUUCUGCACCUUGGAGGCUACGACCCAGAGCUCCAGAUCUACGGUGGCGAGGAGAUGGAGAUCGGCUUCAGCGCCUGGCAGUGCGGGGGCUCCGUGAUGCACGAGCCGUGCUCCCAUGUGGGUCACGUUUGGAGAUCUCAUCGCUACUGGUCCCAGCAGGUCUACGAGAUCGACACCAAUGAAGUGGUGCGCAACAGGUUGCGAGUGGCUGAAGUUUGGAUGGACGAGUACAAGGCGCUGGUGCACUUGGCGGGUCCUCGUCUUUUGCGCGAUCGCACCAUUGGAGAUGUCACAACUCGCAAGGCUCUGCGGGAGAGGUUGGGCUGCAAGACUUUCGACUGGUACCUGGACAAUGUGGCCACGGAGAUCUACGCACCGCGACUCUCGCCCGUAGAUGCUGGCACAGGUAGCCUGCGCAGCAUCAACAACCAGGCCUGCGUGGAUACGCGCAUGCAGGACAUGAAGGGCGCCCCCAUGGGCGCCGCGCCCUGUCAGAACAGCUUUGGCAACCAGGAGGUGCGAAUCGAGACUGGUGGUCUCGUGAGGCUGCCAUUUACCGGCUUUUGCAUGGUGCCUGCCAAGGACUGCGGCAAGGUGAAGGAGGAGUUUGCCCGCUGCCAAACCGUGCAAACUAGCUGCGACGCAGGCAGUGGGCAUUGGCAGUGGUCUGUGCCAGUGUCCUCACGUCAGGGCAUUGGGCGCCUCAUGUGGGGACCCCUGUGCUUGGAGUUGGUGAAUCACAACUUUGUCAGCUUUGACCUCGGCCUCUCGCCAUGCCGCAGCAGCAAUGCCGAAGAACAGCUCUGGCUGUGGGAUGACCUGCGGAGCCAGCAGGAGUUGUGACCAAAGUGUCCACUUUACCAAGGCGUGCGAAAACGCCCGGGCAGCUUGCGGCCAAAAGCUGCGACCCUCGUCGUUGCUUCCCGGCCCGCCGUUGGCGUGUCGCUUUCGACGAG